CGAUUCGCACAGGGUUGAGAAGGCGAGAAAGGGUCCUGCGUGGUGCGGGGAUGGACCCGUGCGUCCCCGCAUGGUCCUGGUGCGGUGGCAGGGAUGGGAAGCAGCGGGGCCAGGCCUGGCUGUGCCCGCAGAGCCCCGGCUGCCCCCUGUGCCUUCACCAGCUCCAUCCUCUCCCGGCACAAGUCUGCGGGCUCGGGGAGCAGGAUGCGGCCGGUUUCCCUCGCACACAAACAGGGCACGUACACCGGUGGCUGUGGCUUCCCGGAUCCCUCCUCUCCCUGCUGCUUGGGAGCUUGGGACCAUGGCUGGUUCAGAGCUGGGGGACUCAGAAAGGGCCUGGCAAUGGGCACGUCUUAGAGGCUUUGGGGGCUGCAUCUCUGCAGGGUUGGGUCUCACAGGGGCACUGUGGGGAGCUGGGGCCCCCCAAGUUGCUCUGGAAGAUAGGCCAGAGAGGGACACUGGAGGUAUCAUGGAGAAGACAAGGUCCUCCUUCCUGCACUGCCUCACCACGCUUUGGUGGGAGUCCAGCAUCAGAGAACUUCAGGGAGGCCUCAGUGGCAGCCCCACUGCAUUCCAUGGCUGGGUUUGGUCUGUGGUACAGGGCCCUGGGGUGGUAGUUUCAAAGCCCUGCAGUUGGCAGAUCUUUGGGGAAACACUUCCCCAAGCCCACCAUGUCAUGUUGCAGGUCCUCUUCAUGGUCCCCUGGGUCAGGGCAGGCUGCCCAAAAGUUCCCUGUGAAUGUCAAAGACUUUAUGUCCCAAGCUCACAAGAUGAAGACUCACCACUGCUCAUCCCAAGUAUUUUAUGUAUUUUAUUUCUCUGCAGCACCCACACUUGUUGGAAGCUCAGCAUCCUCCAAUGCUGGAGCAUUGCAAACCCUGGGUGCAGGGCCUUGCCAGAGCUGGAGACCCUGUACCCGAGACGCAGAAGUGAUGCUACUGCAACAGCAUGUGAGGGAGCUCAGCACCGUGGUGCUGGGAGCUGAGGGCACUGCUGCAAUGGGAUGGUGAUAGGAACUGUGAUCCUCACCAGGAAACAGCAUCAUCUCUUCAGACACGCCAUGGCCAACCAAGACCCCAGGGCAUCAUUGAUCAAGCUGGACCUGGGGAAGCUUCCCUGUUGCCAGCCCGGACCACUAGUGAGGAAAACAUGUCCAACCCGCUGAGUACUCCCUGGCGCCUCCUUUCCAAGCAUUAAAAGUGCUAAUUAAA